CCGGGAGGAAACCCAUACGCGCACGAGUUUCUUAUAAAAUGCAGAGCGAGAAUUAGGCUUCAUUCCAUAAGUUGUUGUUACACGGUACCUACCUACUCGCUGGGUAAAGUGUUGUGCAAGUCUGUUGUGAUUAGCGGCCGGUCAAAAACACGUUUUAAAUUGAUAUAUUUUCACUUUCUCCUGUGUUUGUCAAUCAGAUCUCGUUAACAUCGAGUUAACUAAAAUGGCUGAAAUAACCGAAGUCGGUGGAAUCAAGCUGGGCAAACUGCUGGCCGAAGGCAAGACAAAACAGGUUUACGAUGUCCCCUCGCAGCCGGGCUACUCGAUUCUGCUGAACAAGGAUCGCAUUACGGCGCACAAUGGUGUCCGAUCGCAUGACCUUGAGGGAAAGGCUACGAUUUCCAACCAAACGAACGCCAAGGUCUUCACACUGCUCAACCAGGCCGGUCUGAAGACGGCCUUCGUCCGGACGGUUUCGGAUGAUGCGUUUCUGGCGCGCAAAUGCGAAAUGAUCCCGAUCGAGUGGGUCACCCGGCGACUGGCAACUGGAUCGUUCCUGAAGCGUAACCCGGGCGUGAAGGAGGGCUACCGGUUCUCCCCACCGAAGCAGGAGACCUUCUACAAGGACGAUGCCAACGAUGAUCCCCAGUGGAGCGAGGAGGAGAUCGUUUCGGCCGAGUUUAAGGUCAAUGGGUUGACGAUUGGCCUAAACGAGACGGACAUCAUGCAACGCACAUCCAUCCUGGUGUUCGAGAUCCUCGAGCGUGUCUGGGGCAGCCUGAACUGCGCUCUGGUCGACAUGAAGAUCGAAUUCGGAGUGGACAGCGAGGGUAAAAUUUUGGUGGCCGAUGUGAUUGAUUCGGACUCGUGGCGGCUGUGGCCCUCGGGCGACAAGCGGCUGAUGGUGGACAAGCAGGUGUACCGCAAUUUGGCUACCGUCAGCGCAGACGAUCUGGACACCGUCAAGCGCAACUUCCUCUGGGUGAGCGAGCAGUUGGACAAACUUCGCCUCAAAAAUGAGCAUCUGGUCGUCGUGAUGAUGGGUAGCGCCGCCGAUAUGGACCACUGCGAAACCAUCUGCAAGUACUGCGAGGAUUUUGGGCUGAAUGUGGAGAUGCGAGUCACAUCGGCGCACAAGAGCACAUCAACUACGCUGCAAAUCUUGAAGGAGUACGAAAGUGCCUGGAGCAAUUUGGUGUUCAUUACCGUGGCCGGACGCUCCAACGGACUCGGACCGGUGCUGUCCGGAAACACCAACUAUCCGGUGAUCAACUGCCCACCGAUGAAGCCGCACACCAUGAGUUUGGACGUGUGGUCAAGUUUGAAUCUGCCAUCCGGGCUGGGAUGUGCCACGGUGCUCUACCCGGAGGCGGCUGCGUUGAAUGCGGCUCAGAUUCUGGGCUUGGAUAAUAUUCUGGUUUGGGCCAGGUUGCGUGUGAAGCAGCUGGACAACUUCGUAGUUUUGAUGCUUGCAGAUAAACGCCUCCGUAGAAUUCGUCAUUGGGAAUAGGGUGGAGGAAGACCUUGUUUUUUAAUAGUUCCUUAAAUGGAGAAUUCACACUUAGGAAACUAAAUACUAUCGACAAGAAAUAUGAUAUGAUGUAGAAUUUAGUUACCUGAGGUUUUUUUUUAUUGGAACUUUAUUUUUGUAGAUCACACAUGGCUAUAGAACAGCUACUAUUCCUGAUUUAAGUUUAGCAAUCAUUUUAGAGAGAAGACAAAUAUGUGCCGUAAUAAAGUUUUUGAUUCAUACUAGAAA